AAGGCGUAUUUUGAUAUGAAAAAUAACGUGGUGGACAAUGAUAAUAAUUUCAUCUUUUUUUCUUCUUCUUUUCACUUCCUUUACAGGUCCAGUGUUUCUAAGCCCCCUCCAGUGGCACCAAAGGACAACCGAACAGACCUCAUAAAACCAGUAGCCAUCAGCCAUCCCUCUGUUUCACAACAUCCCCAGUCUCAGUGCUCUGCCCCUCACAACAAAACCCCCAGACCUUAUGGGGGCUGCAGCUCUGAGGGUGUAUACUCUCCUUCACAGUCACCUUUCACCACCUUCAUCCCUUCCCCAUCCUCUGCCUUCACUCCUGCCUCAUCCCACAUUGGUCCUGCCCCUCCUCCUCCUCUUCCUCCAGGUUUCCCUUCUCCUCCUUUGAUCUCUUACCCGUCCUCUGCAUCCUCUUCCUCCUCCCACCCUGUCCUGGUUGCGCCUCAGCCAUCAGUGUAUAACACACCGAUCAACCUCUACUCAACUGAAAAUGCGUGUGAGGUGGCCAUGGGGCAAAGGCGGGGCCUGUUGGAGAGUCAGGGAGGAGCCUUACCACAGUUUAAUGGUGGACCUCAAAAUACUUUAAAAAAACCUCUGCAUCUGCCUCCAAGUAUUCCCAGGAAACAUGUUGUGGACACAGACAUCCAUUUUUACCAUGUGCCUUCUCACGCUGAUGCCAGCAGAAAGCGCAUAAUGGAGGACACAGAGGACUGGCGUCCACGCACGGGCACCACCCAGUCCCGAUCUUUCAGGAUUCUGGCUCAGAUCACAGGCACGGAGAACGUUCAAAAUGAAGAAGCUGAUGCAUCAAAGAAGACAAUUGAAGAGGAUGAGGAGUCACAGCUUACCUCCCAUGAAUCUGCUGUUGUAAAAACUAUGAUGAAAGGAACUGCUUCAAACCACGGACAAGGAGUACAGAGUGGUUUGAUCACUCCAUCUUUUGGAAUGAAGGGUAAUGGGAGUGCCAGUGUCCUCAGGGGUCCUGUUCCAGCCCGACCAGUGCCUCAACCCCACCCCAAAGAUGAGGACACUCUGGUCCAGAUGGCAGAACACAUUCCUGCUGGGAUGCGAACCCCCAUGUGUGCCCACUGCAACAUGGUGAUCAGAGGACCAUUUUUGGUUGCUAUGGGAAAAUCAUGGCACAAGGAGGAAUUUAACUGUGUCCACUGCCGUACAUCCCUGGCAGACAUAGGGUUUGUGGAAGAAAAAGGCUCUGUGUAUUGUGAACACUGCUAUGAAGAGUUUUUUGCACCAACCUGCAGCCGCUGCCAGGCCAAGAUAUUGGGGGAGGUAAUCAAUGCCCUGAAACAAACAUGGCACAUCUAUUGCUUCAUGUGUGCUGCCUGUCAGCAGCCAAUCAGGAACAACACAUUUCACCUGGAGGAUGGGGAACCUUAUUGUGAGCAAGACUUUUACAGUUUGUUUGGGACCGGUUGCCAUGGCUGCGAGUUCCCUAUUGAGGCUGGAGACAAAUUUCUGGAGGCACUCGGUUACAACUGGCACGACACCUGCUUUGUUUGUGUUGUGUGUUGUGCCUCUCUGGAGGGUCAGACCUUUUUCUCCAAAAAGGACAAACCUCUUUGCAAGAAACAUGCUCACCCAGUGAAGAUAUGAAGCUUCAAAUGGCUCUCUGCCUCUAUUUUCUCUCUUGUCAAAGGAUGCAGAAAUACAGGGCUUAUAUUUACCAGUGGAUUUAGGCUUUGACUAAGUUAAUUGAGGAUGUAACUAAGCAGAUUAGUUUUAUUUUAACUCUUUAACAGAGGGGUGGGGGAUAAUAUAAAACCUUUUUUGAGCUUUGUAUAAAACCUGAGGAUUUGCUUUGAUUCUUUCAUACACAAAGUUCAGCCUUGGAGUUGCAGUCUCCAGUCGAGCACUUGCCCCUCAGAGCUUCUCUCCCUCACACUGCUCAACCAGACUAGCGUCGGCAGCAGUUAGCAUACCACUUUUUGAGCAGCGUGUCUGCUGCACUUAUUAUACAAACCACCUCUCAGUUGAUUGCUAAUGAUUUUAAAUACAAUCCAUUUUAUACAAUUUAAAAUUGCCUUAAUUUUAAUUACCCAAGAACGGUUGUAAACGGCAAAAUGGAUGAGCUUUGUUGUGAUGAUUUGCUGACGGUGGAGUGUCAGAAAGAGUAGGAGCUUCUUAAAGAGACAGAGGCCCAAUUUCAAGGCGCCAAAUUACAAAGUCAGAAUUCUUUCAAGUCGUGUUGGACAUAUGCAACAUUUUUAUAACAAUUGAAGGCAACAUAGUUUCUUGAUCAUGCUAUAAAAUGACACUAUUUGCCUGCAAAUAUAUUAUACUGCCCCAUGAAAUAAGUUCAUUAUACUUAUGCACACAAGAUGUUGUAGUGAUAGUUAAUCAUUUUUGUAAGACCACAGUUAGUCAUAGUUUCUUACACACAAAUAUUCUAACUUGAUUCAUUACAUAAUCCUGAUUUUAACCUUGAAGCUAAAAUACAUCCCUGGUUUGUCUGCAGACACAGUAGAAUAAUUAGAAAUCACUCAUUUUCAUUGUAAAAAAAAAAAAAAAAAGUAAAAUAGCUAUAUGUUUUAACCCAAGCCAUGAGAAUUUGUUGCAACAGAAUAUUAGCAAUUAGUUUUCAUGAAAGCAUCAUUGUUUGCUAUUUUUAAUGUUAAGAUUUGAUUUUCUUUUCACAGUUGUGCAAAUUUUAAUUGAUUAUCAGUAACUUACAUUAACCUUUGUAUUCUUUUAUGUCCCUAUAUCCAAAACUAUUUCAAAAAGAGUAUUCAAAAUUUUAGUAUUUGUAUUAAGAUGAACUAAAUGUGGAUGUGUUACUUUAAUAAAAGAUUUUAACUAACCA